UAAACACAGGUUUAUAUGUAUUAUGGUGUAACUAAAUAUAUUAAAAUAGAGGCUGAUUAACAUUCCAAACAUGAUGUACGAUUUAAGGGGCUCUUAUUCUGCACCACAUGAGAGUGAUUCUUCAAUUAGAAAUAGGCACAAUCGGCCUUUAAAUGAUAAAAUUCCGGCUCGUUUAGUGCUAUAUUUUUUGUCGUGGUCUGGCUUUCUGGUCUCUUUUAUGAUGCGAAAUGAUAUGAACUUUGCACUGGUCGCAAUGAUUUCAAAUGAUAAUUCAACACAUAACCAAUCUGUAAUCGGAUCGCAAUCGCAAUCGCAACCAGUUUUGCGUGGUGGUACUGAAGAACAAACAUCUAUAGUUAAAUCCGUCAUAAUAAGUUCGUUCUAUUGGUGUUACGUAUUAUCCCAGGUGGCUGGUGGAGUGGCCACAGAAAUGUUUGGAACUAAGUGCGUAUUUGGAUGGUCACAGUUAGCAACAGCUUUAUGUAGUAUACUAAUGCCGUUAGCAGCGCAAUUACAUUACAUAGCUGUUAUUGUUUUAAGAUCCAUUCAGGGAUUUGCCUCUGGGUUGACAUGGCCUGCAAUGUAUGCAAUAGUUGGCUAUUGGAUUCCACUUACCGAACGAUCACGAUUUAUGUCAAGUUUUCAGGGUUUUAGUAUAGGUAUUGGCCUAACUUACCCGUUGUGUGGGUUUAUUUUAUCAGAAUUCGGAUGGCCCUAUGUUUUUUAUACAACCGGCACCUUUGGUAUUGGGUGGUGUUUAUUAUGGUAUUUUCUAGCAUACAAUACACCUCGUGAACAUCCACGCAUAACUAAAGAAGAGUUAAAUUACAUAGAGCUAAACGUAUGUAAUGAAGUUAAAAAAUUAAAUAGAGUAAAAGUGCCUUGGCUGCAGAUAUUUCGUUCCUUACCAGCUUGGGCGAUAGCUAUUACAACAUUUGGACGAAUAUUUAUUCAUUAUAUUUUCAUUGUAAAUGGUCCUACAUUUAUGGGAAACGUUUUAAAGUUUAAUUUUGAAACAAAUGGUUUUCUUUCUGGUAUGCCAUUUAUUGGCUCAUAUAUUUCAUCAGUUUUUUUUUGUUAUGUUGCUGAUAAAUUGUUACUCUACAAAGUUUUAUGCCUUACUAAUGUAAGAAAAGUAUUUACAGCCCUCUCACAAAUUAUUCCAGGAAUAUUAAUAUAUUUCAUCGGCCACAUAGAUAAUGUACACAUAUUGUUAACAGUAUGGUUUAUAGCGGUUAUAUUUAUAACAGCAUCCUAUGCUGGAGCAAUGGCUAAUAUAAUUGAUAUAGCGCCAAACUAUGGACAUUCAGCUGCAGUUCUGGCAUUUUGCCAAACAAUACAUAUGUCAGCGUCAUUUAUUUCUCCGUUGACGGCUGGAUUUAUUGUAACACAAGAGGACUCCAUAGAGCAGUGGCAAAAUGUUUUUCAAGUUUCUGCUAUUAUUUCAAUAUCGACGUAUGGUUUUUAUCAAAUUUUUGGUACAGCUGAAAUACAAACUUGGAAUAAAGAGAGACCUACAGAUGAGGAUUUACAGGAGGGAAAAAUUUUAUCCAAACCAAAAGAAAAUACAAGUAUUGACGAAAAUUAAAAACAAUGAACUUAAAAUAA